AUGUCAACGGCCAUCCGCGUCGAGCGGAAGGACGACUAUGGCGUCUCCAUCACGCGCCCACGCACGGCGGAUACGCGUGCUGGCAUGCGAGGCGUGUCGCGCCCGGCGGACGAGGACAACAAGCGUCCGGCAAGCAACAGCGUGGAAGACCAGCUUUCCCAAAUCAGAUCGCAGCUGGAUCGCAUUGAAACCACCGUGGCGGCGCGCGGCCCUCCGGAGCCUCGAAGCAAUGCCGCGCAGAUCCAUGCCGUGGCUCCAAGCCCCUGGACCUACCCCGGAAGCGCAUCCAGCACCACCGCGAGCCCAGGGUCUCCGGAGAGUGGCUUCCCGUACAUGAAGCUUCAGACAAGCGCCUUCACUGGCAUGGCCGGCCUUGGCGACGACUACGGCAACAUGGUCAUUCGGCUCGAGCAGGACCUCCCGGCCGCCACGGCGCCGACGUCGGCCAUGUUCGUGCUGCAACAUGCCAAGGUCAUGUCCGCGCUGCAGAGCUUCUCGGACAGAAUCCACCCUUGGUACCCUAUCUUGGAAGCCCGAUUCUCAGACUGUGUCUCGUCGUUUCUGGCCAACUCCUUUGAGCGAGGCGCUGAUGGCUUCCUCGUGCUCAUGGUCCUGGCGAGCGGGACCAUUGUCCAGGAAGCGACACACAGCGUGGCCCUGGAGCAGAGGCCCGACGCCAUGUACUUGAGCGCCGCCAUGGAGAUGCUGCAUCUCGUCUUCCUCGAGCAGAGUCUGCGGAGUGUGCAAUGCCUGGUAGCCAUGAGCAUCCAUUACUACCUGCUCCUCAAGCCGCUGCAGGCACACGACCUGGCUGUGCUUGCCAUCAAGAAGGCGCAGAAUCUCCACUUGAGCGGCGCCAUACAGCGCGACAAGGAGAGCAUGGAGCAUUGGACGCGAGUAUACAGGGUCGUCUUGCUCAUUGAAGGCGAGCUCGUCGUCCCUCUCCAACUGGCCGACAGCAACGCGUGGGAGUCUGAGGACGACAUUGCCCUGCCUACGGGUACGGACAUUUGGACCUUUGAGACCGAUCCUCAGUCGCCCGCCAUGACUCCGCAAAAGACGCGAUCCGAUGAUGUGAUAACGUACCUCUUGGCUGAAAUAGCCAUGCGGCGAAUGCUGCGACGAAACACCACUGCCAUCACCGUCACGGCAAAUGGCAGCGUCGAGUACGCUCCGCUCGUGGCCAAGGAGCUGGAGGCACAGCUCGAACAAUGGUUCUCAUAUCUACCAGAGCCAUUGCGCUUCUCGCGUGAGUUUGACGGCAUACACGAGGAUACACACAUGCAGAUCUCGUUCCUGCGAACGCAGUACUGGGCCUGCAUGGUGUCGUUUUACUGGCCGUCCGUUGUUCAGGUCAUGGAGUCUAAUCGCCUCACCGAUGUUACCAUGAACGGGUGCAUCACGUACUUUCGCUCAUACCGGGAGUUUGUCAGCAGUGCAACCGUGGCUCUGGACGCUUGCCUCCCCAACAAAUGGACCUUGUAUGCGAGGUUCGUUCAAGAUUUCCCCUUUCAAUUGAAGAUAGGCAACGGCCUCUGUCGGAAAGACUCGAACCGCUAA